AUGAACGACGGUUUCCCGCAACAAAGCAAAAGCGGCCAUCCCUACGGGUACCCUAUGCAAUGCAACAUCACCAAACAAUUCCUCGAACUCAGCGACGAAGAUCGAAAAUGUUUGGAGGAACGGAAGUACUGGUGCUUUAUGCUCAGCAGCAUUGUCACCUUCUGCGUGUCGAUGCUGUUGGUAGUUACCUGGCGGAUUGUGACCCAUCUAUUCUGCCAGCGAAGAGAAAGAGAUGAAGUGGAACCAGUACAAGAAGCCGUCCCAUUACAGAUCAAUGGGAAGCAUGUACCAAAAGCCGAUCCCGAUGCGGUGAACAUCAAACAGGAAGAGCGGAAUUUGGGAUGGAUGACCGAGGCAAAGGACUGGGCCGGCGAGCUAAUUUCUGGCCAAUCCCUGACAGGCCGUUUCCUCGUCGUUCUGGUCUUCGUUUUAUCACUUGGCUCCCUGGCCAUCUACUUUUAUGACGCCAGUUUUCAAAACUUCCAAGUGGAGACAUGCAUCCCAUGGCAAGACAGCCCAUCCCAGCAGAUCGAUCUUGGCUUCAACAUAUUUUUCCUCGUUUAUUUUUUUAUACGGUUCAUCGCGGCCUCCGACAAAGUCUGGUUCUUGCUCGAGCUGUACUCAUUUAUCGACUAUUGCACGAUUCCGCCAAGUUUUGUGGCCAUCUAUCUGCAGCGGAAUUGGCUAGGCUUCCGCUUCCUCCGUGCGUUGCGCCUGAUGACGGUCCCAGACAUUCUCCAAUACUUGAAUAUAUUAAAAACAUCAUCUUCGAUCCGGCUCACACAGCUCGUCACAAUUUUCGUGUCUGUUUGUUUAACAGGGGCCGGAGGUGUACAUCUGUUUGAAAACUCGGGUGACUUCUUCAAGGGCUUUGUCAACCCGCAUCGGAUUACAUAUGCUGAUUGUGUAUAUUUUCUGCUUGUCACGAUGAGUACUGUCGGUUACGGUGACAUCUACUGUACGACGUUAUGCGGUCGCAUUUUCAUGGUGUUCUUCAUCCUAGGAGGCCUGGCCAUGUUUGCCUCCUACGUACCGGAAAUUGCUGAUCUAAUCGGGAAUCGCCAAAAAUACGGCGGCGAGUACAAAGGAGAGCACGGGAAGAAGCAUAUUGUCGUCUGUGGGCACAUCACAUACGAUUCCGUGUCCCACUUUCUACAGGAUUUCCUGCAUGAAGAUCGUGAUGAUGUGGACGUGGAAGUGGUUUUUUUGCAUCGGGUAGUACCUGAUCUGGAGCUCGAAGGUCUCUUUAAACGACAUUUCACCAAAGUCGAGUUCUUCACCGGAACCGUCAUGGAUUCUUUGGAUCUUUCCCGGGUUAAGGUAGGAGAUGCGGAUGCGUGUCUCGUUUUGGCAAAUAAAUACUCCACAAACCCCGAUGCUGAGGAUGCGGCGAAUAUCAUGAGGGUGAUCUCCAUUAAAAAUUACUCCUCCGACAUUCGAGUGAUCGUCCAAUUGAUGCAAUACCAUAAUAAGGCGUACCUCUUGAACAUUCCAUCGUGGGAUUGGAGACGGGGCGAUGAUGUCAUUUGCUUGGCCGAGCUGAAACUCGGAUUUAUUGCACAAUCAUGCUUGGCGCCAGGGUUUUCAACGAUGAUGGCGAAUUUAUUUGCGAUGAGAAGCUUCAAAACGUCUCCACACACUCCAUCAUGGUUGAAUGACUAUCUACGAGGGGCUGGUAUGGAAAUGUACACCGAGAGUCUAUCCCCAGCAUUCAACGGCAUGUCCUUCCCUCAAGCCGCCGAGUGGUCACGCGAGACGCCCGACUGGCUGAACCUGUACCUCUGCGGAGCCGGUAUGGAAAUGUACACAGAUACACUUUCCCACGGAUUCGUCGGUAUGACGUUCCCCGAAGCUGCUGACCUAUUAUUCACUCGACUUGGCCUACUCCUUUUGGCGAUCGAGCUGAAAGAUGAGGAAAAUAAGGAAUGCAAUAUUGCCAUCAACCCAGGACCACACAUCACCAUUCAACCUCAAACUCAAGGCUUCUUUAUCGCGCAAAGUGCUGAUGAGGUCAAAAGAGCCUUCUUCUGGUGCAAACAAUGCCACGAAGACAUCCGUGACGUCACCCUCAUCAAAAAAUGCAAAUGCAAGAACUUGAAUUUGUUCCGACGAUCGAUGAAGGCGAUCAACGUGAAAGCUGACCACACGACCGAAUUCGACCUCUUAUUCGACAAGAGUCACGCCCGGCACAACAUCGAACCAACGCAAGGGCCACCGUUUGGCGGCUCGCAGGUGCAGCUGCGAAUGGUUACCGAAGCGAGUUCCCAAUCAGACAACCAGCUGAAUGCGAAAACGAUGAGGGUGGCGUAUGAAAUCAAGAAAUUAAUGCCAUCAACCGGCCGACGAAAUUCACUAUCGAUUCCACCGGAUGGUCGGGGUGUCGAUUUAUGCAAAGAAUUCGAGCAGCAAGAUAUGAAAUACGAUAGUACCGGAAUGUUCCAUUGGUGUCCGGCUCGGAAUCUGGAUGAGUGUGUACUGGAAAGACAUCAAGCCGCCAUGACAGUACUCAACGGGCAUGUCGUCGUCUGUUUGUUCGCCGAUCGGGAUUCCCCGCUAAUAGGCCUUCGUAAUUUCAUCAUGCCACUCCGUGCCUCGAACUUCCACUACCACGAGCUGAAGCAUGUGGUCAUCGUCGGCGACUUGGAAUAUUUACGGAAAGAAUGGAAAACGCUCUACAAUUUGCCAAAAAUUUCCAUAUUAAACGGUUCGCCGUUGUCAAGGGCUGAUCUGCGAGCAGUGAAUAUCAACCUGUGUGAUAUGUGCGUCAUCAUCUCGGCUCGUGUUCCGAAUACUGAAGAUACGACUUUGGCUGAUAAGGAAGCAAUUCUUGCCUCACUAAACAUCAAAGCCAUGCAAUUCGAUGACACGCUGGGCUUUUUCCCCGUCCGCGGAGGUGAUCGUUCUCCACUCGGUUCCCCGCUAUCUAUGCAUAAGAAAGGGGCCCGUUUUGGGACGAAUGUGCCGAUGAUCACUGAACUUGUGAACGACAGCAAUGUGCAAUUCCUUGAUCAAGAUGACGACGAUGACCCUGACACUGAACUAUAUCUGACACAACCAUUUGCAUGUGGAACGGCGUUUGCUAUUUCGGUUUUGGAUUCUCUGAUGAGCACGACAUAUUUCAAUGACUCCGCGUUGACGCUAAUUCGAACAUUGGUCACUGGAGGUGCAACACCGGAAUUGGAACUGAUUUUGGCUGAAGGUGCCGGGUUGAGGGGAGGUUAUAGUACCCCAGAGACACUGGCGAAUCGGGACAGAUGUCGGAUAGCUCAAGUGUCCUUAUCUGAUCAACCUUAUGAGGGUAUUGGGCAUAAUUCUACCUAUGGCCAAAUGUUUUCGACAGCGCUGAAACGCUACGGCCAACUGUGCAUUGGUCUAUAUCGAUUGCACGAUCAAGACAACCCGGAUUCUGUCAAACGAUAUGUCAUCACCAAUCCGCCGGCUGAACUUAGGAUCCGCCAGACCGAUAUGGUAUAUGUGCUCGAACAAUUCGACCCGGGUCUGGAAUAUGAGCCUGGAAAGCGGAUGCUU